CAGGACGCUGGACGGAAGUAGAUGCAACAUACUAUCCCGCGUCACUCAUAUGUGCAGCGGCCUAACCUUGGAUGAAAAUUAAAAUACAUUCUAGUCACAUGUGGCUAAAUAAUGAACGGUGUAAAGAUAAGUAGUAAUAUCGUUACGGGACCAAGCAAGAAUUUGUGAUUUUCCGUGUGGUAAAAGACCCAUUCAUCGCUCGCGAAUCCUUUAGUUCACCGGAAACUAUUAUUGGAAGCUUUUAGGAUUCGUAUCCAGCAGCCGCACACAGCGAUGGAACGAGAAGUACCGAAAAUAAGAAAACUCUCUGUUUGUUGUUGCUAGACUUCUCGUUAGUACGGAAACUCGUUUACGUGCUGGAACCACGCAGUUCUUGUGAUGAUGCUGUCCAAUCCUCUGACUGACCCAAAAGGCACACAGCAGGUGCCUACAUCUGGAACUGGUCCACACCUGCAGCCCACACUCCAUCAAGACCUAUUACUUAGGAGUUGCAGAGAAACUAGAAGGAGAGACUGUGGAUCAGAUGAGAAAAUGCUGUGCUCAGUUUCAGGAGACCAAAGACGAGAUAAGGACCCUCUUUUCCUGGACACUGAUGGAGAACUUACACAGAUGUCUUCAGAGCUGAAAGGAAGUGCCUUAGGAAUCAGUCCUGGACAGAGCAACACCUAUUUCCAAACUGCCCCAGAGGAAGUGGGCAUUUUCAAAGCUAGAGGAUGGGAACCACCUCCCACCUUCCCACCUGCUCCCCCUGCAGGCCCAACAGGAGAACAAUUGGGUGCUCUGGAGAGGUUCCUUGUGGCCCAUCAAACAGAGAUGAAGCGCUUGUUGGCAGGUGCCAUGGGUUCCCUGACCCAAAGGUUAGAAGGAGUUGAGCGGAGGAUGGAGCAGCUGCAUGCUCAGAGCAGUGCACAUGGGAACAGCCUAGCUGUGCUUCACAGCAAAGUUAACCAUCUCAGAAAAGAAAUCUCUAUUGGAUAUACAAGUACACUGUCAACACACAAUGUGGUCCCUCCUGCCUAUGCUUAUGAAAAGGGCUCAGAUAAGUCAAAGGAAGACAAUGAAAUGUCUACAAUCUUCACACAGAGAUUCAACUGUGUUACCUGUACAACUGCUCCUAAAGGAAGCAAGAACAUUGUGCGUUCACGGACAGCAACGGUCUCAUCUACAUACAGCUCUGAUCCUGAUUAUAACACUCAGGAGCUGAACUCCUUAGUCCUCAAUGGAAGCUCCUCACAACAGCAGAAAACAUCUUCAAAUCAGAGUGAGCCUUUGCAGGGUAACUACUUUCCUGUUUCAGAUUUUCAGGACCUGGAGAUGGAAUUGGAAAACAAGUGCUCAGGAGAGAGAAAGAAAGAAAGUGAAAUUUCUACACUCUCCUCACAGAAGUCAAGGUCUGUUACCUGUACAGGAAAUAAGGAUGUUGUGUCAUAUAGUCCUGAUCAUACAACCCAGUGUUUGAGCUCCUUAGGGCUCAGUGGAACCUCACCUGGACAGAUGGAAACAUCUUCAGGACAGAGUGGAAGCUUCCAGGAGAACUAUUCACUUACAUCAGAUUUUCAAGACCUGCAAGAUGAUAAGAGACAGGUUACUUUGACAUUAAAAAAUUCUGUGCCAAGUAAGUCAAACGAAAGUGUGCCAGUGUGUUCUCUAAAGCUUCACUUCCCUGAGGGCUCAGAGCCAGGGCCACCAUGUCAGUGUGAUGAACAGUAUGUUGCUUCCAGUCGUUGUUCAUGGGCAGUGGCCCAACCUGAGUUACCUUCUUUGACUGCUGUGGUUGCAUGUUCAAAAUGUGAGCCAGCCAGUCAGCUUGUCCUGUUGACACGUUCCAUGAGAAAGCUGGAUGAAAAUUGGUCCCAUUACAUUGCCAGGCCUACUAUCUCCCUGGCAGAGCAGCUAGUGGCACAUCCUACUACUGAUGAACCCAAGGUGUGUUCUCUUCCCCUGGUCACUUCUCUGCCUAUCGGAGAAGAGGAUACAAGAUCAGGUCCAUCCUUGUUCUUGAACAGCCUGUCAGUCUUACAAGACAUGUCAAUAUCAGGUGAGGGAUUGCUUGCUAGUGUUGAAUAUAAACCAACAAGAGACACUAAAAAACAUAAGAGACUGGGAGAACAAUCUAAGGACAUGAGUUUUCAGAACUCCUCAAAGAAUGGUACAGUGCCCUGUGUAAGGUUGAAAUUCCCAGUCCACAGUAAAUUACCAGCUCCUCUGUCAAUAUCUCAUUGCAUGGUAGUCAACUCAUUGUUGCCACAUGUGAACUCUUAUAGGGCUUGCUAUGUAUUACCUGAUUUAAAACUGGCUGCUCCAAAAAAUGGACUGUCAAAGCUACAUCAACUGGAAUUAUCUAAGUGCAAUACGAGUGAACGUUUGAAUCAACUCUCUGACACUGCCUGCCACGUGAUGCCCCUUAGCCUCUCUGCCAACGUUGUCUUAUCACAAAGUGAUUACAGGAUAACUAGUUCCAAGCUCAAGCACCACCCCUGUCAGGACAGUUCCACUUGUAGCUGGCCUUUACUGAAAGCUGGCAAAGUCCUGUCUCUUGUCUUUCCAAACCUAGAAACCGACAUCUUUAACCCCUGGCAGCCGCUGGUGAUGCUUGGAGAUCAUCAUCACUCUGUUUUGUCAGAGAGUACAGCUCUGGUCCAGACUUCUCACACUCCUUCUCUCCAUAAGCUGUUGAAUAGAGGCACUCGUUUGACACAACUGCUUCGGACUGCUGCACGUUUCCCCAUGUUCGUUUUAAGUAAAGGCAACUUCUCUGGAGCUGGCCUCGGCACAGUGUUGGCUAUGUCCUCUCCUACCUCCUUCAGAUACUGGUUUCGCCACAGACGCCUCAGCUGCCCCCUCCCAUUCUUGUCAUCAACUUCUGUCAAUAAAAUCAUGAGACAGUUAGUAGAGCAGAGCAGAUUUCAUCCUUUUCGACCCUUGGUUGACUACACUGGCCCACCAGGUCUUGAUAAUGAUCACUGCUAUGCUCGGCGAUCCAGGCAAGAGGCUUCUCCCAGAAGGAAAAGGGCUUCAGCACGGAAGAUGUCCUUACCUCCAUUGCCACAUCGGCUCACACAGAUUCAUCUCGCCUCAGAGAGGGAAUCUGUUUACCCUGCACAGCAUAGCUCCAGUCCCAAAUGUGUGGGGUUGGAUAGGUGCUCAGCUGAACCACUGCAGAACUUUGCCAUCAUUGGUGCAAAUGUUAAGUAUCCCUGCCUCCACAACCAUGGUUCCUCCAGGGACAGCAGCCAGGUGGGGCUUUAUGAUUCAGAUUCUUCUACACAGCCAGGACAGCGGUCUAAAAGAGUUUCCCAGAUUCGCAUCCGCAAAACUGUGCCCAAAGCAGAUAACAACCUUACACCAAUGGGGCUCCCCAAACCAAAGAGAUUAAAGAAGAAAGUGUUUAGUCUGGAGGAAAUUUACACCAACAAGAACUACAAAUCUCCAACACCAAACAGAAGCCUGGAAACAAUCUUUGAAGAACCAAAGGAGAAGAAUGGGUCAUUGGUGUGUAUUGGCCAUCAGAAAAGAAAGCGUGUUUUAGAUUUCCCAGAUUUCACAUUGCCACGAAAACGCAAAGCAAAAACCAACCUGGGUUCUCUGCGCAUGAAAGUCCCUCGGGGACGGGCUCGUAGGGGUAAAAAUGAAGAUGCAGACCUUGACAUCAUGCUAAUUGAACGACUUAGCGAACUGGAGGACUUCUUCUCCCGCCAAGGACUGGAGGCCUAAUGCCAGUCCUUUCAGUCUUCACAAAUCAACACAAAUGGCCUGGUGAAUUCAGAUUUUGAUUUCAUUUUGUUUAUCACUUCAUUGAUUUUGUCUGACAUUAAACAAGUAGUGCUUGUUAAGCACUACUAGAUAUAGUUGGUUAAGUA